UAAAGGCUUCUGUAUUUUUAUAUUUAAAAUCAAAAAAGUCUUAUUGAAAACUGACAUAGGGGGGACUGUUUUGUUUAGAAUUGUGUCCAUAUCCUAUCUAUAUUUUACAUUUCUAUAUUGCACCUGUGCCAGGGUGAUAUCUUGAUUGCGCUGUUCAUAAAUUUGACGCAAAUUGCCUAAUUUAGAACCGCGGGCACUUGCUCGCAUAAAUAUCUAAGCCGCAUUAUUUGUUUUCAAAACAUUCGGCUGGUCCCACUCAUUUUUCGUUUGGUUUUUCCGCUCAUUCUACUCUCUUCGUUUGGGAGAAUUUUCCUCGAAAUAGUUUUACCCCAGUUGAAUUUUGGCGCCCGCGUUGAUCGGUUGUGCAGUCGGUAAAAUCAUUCGUGGUUUGGCUUUUGGAAAAUGUGCCUUGCAAAGUCGUGGGUUUAUUUUUAGCCAACGUGGUGAUUUCCACACUCGCAGUGCUCCAAAUCGGAUUGAGAAUCGACAACCGACAAAUUAAUUGCACAUCCUCAGGCUCUAAGGUCAAUCGACAAGAAGGGAGAGUUCCAGCAGCCGUGGAAUCGGUUAUAUAAUCCAUGAAAGAUAAAAAUGCCCAGCAAACUUCAUAGGAAAAGUUCUCCCGGAGGGGGAGGCGGCGGAGGAGUGGGCGGGGCGUCCAGCGUUUCCUCUACACCAAGCAAUCAGCCCCGGAAACGAGUGAAACGCUGUUGCCGGAACUUCUGCACCUUCAUGUGUACCCAGGUUGGCGUGGGCGCCCUGAUCGUGAUAUAUGCCAUCUGCGGAGCCUUCGCCUUCAUGCACAUAGAGCGGCAGUUUGUGGACGAGACCAGUGGCCAUGUGAUGGAGCUACGCAGGAGGUGCUCCCAGCAGCUGUGGAACAUCACGGAGGAGCACAAUCUCAUCGAUCGCCCUCGCUGGACGGAGGCCACGAAUGCGGUUCUGCGGGACUACCAAGCGCAAAUAGCCGGGGUCGUCAAGCACGGCUAUGUGGGCCGUAGUCCCGACCAAAUAUGGAGCUUUCCGGCGGCCCUCAUGUUCUGCCUGUCGGUGAUAACUAUGAUCGGCUAUGGCAACAUGGUGCCCAGAACUCCGUGGGGCAAGGGAUUCACCGUGAUCUACGCCACUUUCGGAAUACCCCUGUAUAUCCUGUACUUCCUGAGCAUGGGACGAGUGCUUGCCCGCUCGUUCAAGUUCCUGUACCGCUCCAUGCACGACUGCACCCAGGAGCAUCCGCACGCAGAUCGCCUCGACGCCCUCGAGGGAGGUGUGACCAUGGCCCGCAAGAAGGUCAUUGUGCCGUCCACCGCCUGCCUGUGGGUAAUAUUCUUCUACGUCCUCACCGGCACAGUGAUGUUUGCCAAUUGGGAGAAGUGGAGCUUCCUGAACAGCUUUUACUUCUGCAUGACGUCGCUGUGCAAGAUUGGAUUUGGGGACUUUGUGCCGGGUGCCUCGCUGACCACCUCAGCGGAUGUGGAUGCGGCGUCACACAAGCUGCAGGAGGACAUCGCCGCCGAUCCUGCCGAGCUGGCCCAGUUGCAGUCCGUGGCCGCCGACCAGCACUCAAAGCUGGCCAUUAACUUCGUUUACAUGCUGCUGGGCAUGGGCCUGGUGGCCAUGUGUCGCAACUUGAUGCGCGAGGAGGUGCGCUUAAAGGCGCGAGAGAUGCGCGAAGACGCCAAGUUGUGCAUGGAGGACACACGACUGCGCUUUGUCGGCUGCUGCGGGAAUCCGCGGGAUGCCUACCAGGACGAUUACUACUAGGAUAACAAAUAGGCAGACGUGAGGGGCUCUGAGCGGAUAGUAUAUUAAGUUUAGCUGGCGUUUUGAUUUACCUUUGUUACUAAGCUACAAAGAUAUAAAGGUGUGGAAUGAGAGUUUAACAAAUGUUUUAAGAUUUAUCCAUUAUUAAUACUACGGGUUCUUAGACAAGCCAUUCCCUUCAAAUUUUCUUUAAAUUUUCAAGGAAGGUUCGGAGAUGUAUUAUUUAGAAUUCAUAUUUACAGGGCUAGUAAUUUCACUCGGAUCAGAGAAUUUAUUGAAUUACUUGAUUCCAAACAUAUAUUAUUUCAAUUAAUCGUUAUGUUCCUUAAAUUCCCAUAUUAAACCCGUUUAUUCUAUACUCAGUCAAAGCAUUUGCAAUCUUUCUUCAGAAACCAUUGCAAAGAAGCAGUCAGAAGAGGGAUUUUAUACUUACAUAUAUUCUCUGACAAUUCGAGGGAGGUUUUAAUACCAGGUUUUGCGUGUGUGCUGUGCAAAUAAUGCUGCGAUAGGUGUUUCGGUCAUCCAUUCUGCCACGCAAGUAAUCCCCUCCGAUCCGAUC